UGCUUUGCCCUCUAUACUGCCGAAUGUUACACCUGCUACUUCUACUCCUACUACUGCUACUACGUCUUGUUCCUCUGUUCCUGCAACUUCUGGAUGGUGGGUUGCAGUGGAUACUGGAAAAAAAAAUAUCAAAAGAUGUUUGGUUUGAUCCUCAGUACUCCCAAUGUGGAUGCACAUGUUCCAGAACAACACACCAUACCCGGCAAAGGAGGCUGUUUUACUCUCUCGUCCCUGAAGAAAUUCAUUCACUCCGGAGUGGAAACAAAGUUUUUACCUCAUGGAAACUUAAAAUCUUGCAUAAUAUCCUACUCUUUUAAUUUCCACAGAGCCAAAGCUGAUGAUAUGAAGCAGGUUUUCCAGUCCAAAUAAAGAGGAAUGUUUUCAUUAGAUCUCUUACAUUCAUGUCUAAUCCCCUUUGAACGGACUAGCUCCGGGUUCACUUGACCUGAAACUGAUCCAUUGUUGUUAGCAUAUGAUUUUAAUCAUAUUUUGAGAUCAUUAUAUAACUUCUGUUUCCAGAACAAAGAGACCAGAGUUGAAGGAUUAUGUUGCGUAAUCAGUCCCCACAUUUUAAUGCUGUCAGAAGAAUAUCCUAUAUUUUUUUUCUGCCUCAGAGUAAAUUAUUGAUAGCAUGACUAUGAUACCACUUAUAAUGAAAAAGUAAUGCUGUGCCAAAAUAAUAUAUUCUAUUUCAAUGAUCAGUGGAGAUGCAAUGCAGUGCAGACAUGCGCCGACGUCCAAACAUCAGAAACGUCAGAUCUUUUGAUUUGUGUUAUUUUUUGAUAUUUCUCAAAGUGUGUGUGUGUUUUUACUCUGUCAGGGUUGAGUUAGGUUAAGUUUCUUGUGCUUGCAAAGUUAUAAUUACAUUUUGAGAAACAACCAGUCACGCAGAGGAAAAAAAUGUACUUGCUUUGCUGGUUCACCUUCCUUUUGAUGGAGUCGCCAUUGAAUUAACCGCACCAGCUGUUAAACUAUUCACCAAACCAACAAAAGCAGAAAAUGAGGCGGUAAAGUUUUACAUUCUCAGUCUCCUCUCUGAUAUAACCCAACAGCUGAUGGUUUUAUUCACUGCCAGUAACUGGGCACAAGUAAUAAUGAUGCAAUUUCUUGAUUAGUGUUUCUGCAGCAGGAAUAAACACGUGUCUGCCUGCUCAGAACAGCUGAUUUUGGCUGUGUGGUGUGUUCCCCUUGCUUCUGGUCUAUGGGUAUUGUGAGUUUGAAGUUGCACUAAAUGUAUCUACCACCUACUCCACUCAACCACCCAACCACUAUAUGAAUCACAGUUCAGCAUGCUUUAUCUCGAGUAGCAUUUUUGUCCAAAUCCAGACUGGUAACAAAAGCCUAUCCAAAUGUUCUCAUUUACAGUUUACAAAGUGUGUAUUUUCAAAUGAUGUGUGAGUGUUGUGUUUGUGCAAGCAUCCUUCCUCCACUUCUCCCUCCUCUUUUACUCUUUCUAAUUCUCUCCUUCCCUCCUUUUUUUUCUCCUCCAAUCCCUUAAUCAAAUAGACACAGCAUUCAUCCAUCACGCACGCCUUCUGUAUGUUCAUGUUGCGUUCGGGUCCGGUCUUUCUCUCGUCAAAUUCCUUCUCUUCUGUGGAUGUUAAUGCCCCCCUCGUCCCUCCUCUUCACUCUCUUAAAAACUCUUCAGGUUUUUCCAACUGAGCGAUUCAGGCUGAGGCGGGCGCAACCGCACUAGAGGGAAAGUCAAGUCGUGCUGGACAGGCGCGAUAUCCUCGCAACGGUUCACAACUGAAAGAAGAAGACCUGACGCGCGUUUAAUCAUGUUUCUAAAGGAAGGAAUAUGCUGAUCUUAAAAGUUGACCAGGGAUUUCUAGUUGUGGGGUGUUUGCGAGGGAUGGCUUUCCUUUUAACUUGCUUAUUUCUGUCUUGGUGAGUAUGGCAACUCUUUUCUCUGCCUGUUCUCUGACUUUUACGCACGGGAAUUAAAGACUGUGGAUCGAUGUGCGUUGAGGAAACUCUGUGUUUAACAAUGUCUUUUCAUUCGUGUGAUUAAUCUCUCAUUGGUGCUCAUGUACUUUAGUUACAGUACGAGCAGUGUUUGGGGAAAUCAGCACAGUGACACCAGUAUCUAUUUGGAUAACAUCACGCGCAUAUUGAAUAGAUUACUGGAUGGCUAUGACAACAGGCUGCGACCUGGAUUUGGAGGUAUGCCAAUGACUGUGCCAUGUUUUAUUUUGUAAGAUUUUGCUUCAAAGACGAUUGAAUUUUCCUUUAUUGCACAAAAAGAAAAAGUUUUACUCUUGGAGUUUUGUGAACCUAAUUUUGAUAGAGUGUUUGUGCCUUAGUGAUCUAACCAGACAGCUUAUUUUCUUUUACAUAACAAUGUUAAAAUUACCAGCUAAUGACUGGAACCGGAGUUUUAAAACAGCUUGGAAUCAUUUUUAUGCUCCUUGGUUGUUGAAGCGGGUUCAGUUUUUAGUUUCCAUUCUGCCUCUUUGGGCUUUUUUUGAUUUAAAAAAAAGCUUAUUUUUUUCUCUGUUUUUUAUUUUGAAAAACCUUUAAAUUUCCUGGCAAAGUUGCUGCUUUUGUUUUUUAUCAAACAACCCCUUAUCCCUCUACUGCAGGUCCGGUCACAGAGGUCAAAACGGACAUAUUUGUCACCAGCUUUGGACCUGUUUCAGAUGUUGAGAUGGUAUGUAAAACACGCUGACUGCCGAGCACACUCACUCACACUCACUCACACACACAACACAGAGGCUGAUUUCACUUGGCUGACACGCACACGCACAUGUUUCAUCAGUUGUUAUCAAAGUCAAUGUCAAUACACAAACAGGGAAAUAAAUAAAAAAGAACAUGUCCAGUUUUCCCGGCAUCUCCGUGCAAUGGUCCGCUCAAGUCAUGGUUCUCCUAGGCUUCAUUAUUCCAGCAUUUGGGCAGGAUGUCAUUAGUGCAGCUUAGGAUUUUAAUCUGGUUGACAAUCCCCCCGCCAGAGUGGGAGAAAGAGAGAGAGGGAAAGAGAGGAAGAGAGAGAGAGAGAGAGAUGUGGCUGAUGUUGGGACAGGGAUAGGUUUCCAUUCCUGACAUGGGAUAGGCUGAGCGCUUGUGUAUCUGUUGUCCUCUGUACUGCUAAGGCUUUGGGCUUUAGACACUGUUUCCCUGCAUCUAUAGCCUACUUGACUUAUCAUGUGAUACGCUGGUGACAGUUCCAUAGAGAGGCAUUUAAAAGGCUCUCCAGGGAAUCAGGCCAUGCAUUUGAUCUAAAAGCAUCCAGGAUAGACACUUAUUGAAGAGUUUACGCUGAGUCUGUAGAUGAAAUACACUCUAUAAAUAAUCGAAUUAUUCAUGUUUUAAAAGAUCAUCAGCUACCGAUCAGUAUGUUGAGUUUAUUUUAAUAUCUGACGAUAAGAUAAAAGCUAUGAUAACGUUUAAAAAAAUGAAGAAAAUGAUGUUUUACGCCUCAGCAUUCUUUCAAUUGGAUUGUCUUUAGAUGUAGUUCGACAAAUCAUUUAAUUUUUUUGUUGUUUUUAUCAGUGCAUUUAUAAAUAAGUGCAGCCCUUGCUUUAAAUUUUUGGAAUCCUGGCUCCACCAUUUUGAAUAGUCCAUAAAUAAAAGGAAAACAACACGUAAUCACAUUGCCAGAACUCUACCAGCAGGUCCAACGAAACCACGGCUCAUAAACCCAUCUGUUAUUCUCUCUGGGGUACUGGAGUUGCUAGCAGCAGGAGCAGAAGCAGCACCAGCAGCAGUAGGAGAAGAAAAAAAGUGGUAGCGAUAUCAGCAAAUCCAAUCCCUAACCCUCGCUCUGACUUCGACCUAGGAAUACACGAUGGACGUCUUCUUUCGCCAGACGUGGAUCGACGAGCGGCUAAAAUUCGAGGGCCCCAUCGAGAUCCUACGGCUCAACAACCUCAUGGUCAGCAAGAUCUGGACGCCGGACACCUUUUUCCGAAAUGGCAAGAGGUCGAUCUCGCACAACAUGACCACCCCCAACAAGCUGUUCCGCAUCAUGCAGAACGGAACUAUCCUCUACACCAUGAGGUAAACAGGGCUGGACAGUCAGCUCCACACCCAGCCAAGACCGGAAUAGAGCGCAGACCUGGAAAGCGAAUCAAACAAACAAGCAUCCAAGAAUAUGCCCAGACAUGAAAAGAAAUGAGGAGUGCUUCUCCCACCCCAAAAAAGUUAUGAAAAAAAAAAAAAAAAAGGCAAGAUACAUGCCAUCUGAUACUAAAAACAGGUCCUGGAAGGCAAUUCAAACAAACAUGAGUCCACUUCCGCUCCAAAAAGGAGAUGUGUAGCAUGAAAAAAUAAAUCCCCCCGAGUUUCUGAUGGCAUGAAAUGUGAUUUUUAAAGUAAUUAGUAGGAUGAAGCAAAUUUGAUAGUUAAGUUAUUCAAUCCAAUUUAUUCUCUCGCAUGUAAAGAUAAGAUAAAGUGGUCUUUACUUGAGGUAAAGUUUUCUAUUUCUCAACACCAGGAUGAGAUAUUUUUGUUUUGCAAGAGGAAAUCUUGACAGACCGAGUUUCUAAAAGUGGCGAUGUUUCAAAUAGAAUUCAAAGACGUCUUUCUGGUUCUCUUUUGUUCUUGCAGAUUAACUAUAAACGCAGAGUGCCCCAUGCGUUUGAUGAACUUCCCGAUGGACGGCCACGCCUGCCCGCUGAAGUUUGGGAGUUGUGAGUUUGUUACUUUUUGAAGCUUCGUUGGUUUUGACAGAUGAUGUGGCUCUGAAAUGAUCACUGUGUCUCAGAGCGACUGACUGAUGAAGUCGUUUGACAGCGUAAAAAUCAAAGAUUUCAAUUGGAAAUGUCAUCCACAGCAGACGUGGAUGACUGUUAAGUGUACAGACCGAGCCUAUAAGAGAACAGACCUGCAAAAAUCUGUAGGAAAUGACAAUCGAAUGUAAAGGUUAUAUGCGACUUCUUUCAUUUUGUGUCGUUUAAAGCGAAUAAUAUUUGCAGCUGUCUCUUUGGAUGAUGGUGUUGUACAUCAAACUCUUUCAAAGUACAAAAAUAUGCUUAUUUUUGGCUCAAAGAUGAUGUCGUAGUUCUUUUUUAACUCUGAGGUUUGUUUUUAACUCUUAACAGUUUGUAUGCUUAUUUAUUUGACUUCUUAUCAGGGUCACUCAAAGAUAUGUUUGGUAGAGAUGCACUGAUUGUGAAAAUCGGGGGAUAAUAAAGAUUAUUGAAAAAGCAAUUUAGCCGCUCGCUGAUUCUGAUAGCAUUAUUUUUUGCAUUUUGUAUUUUUUAGUCUCUGUAUCAUCCUCCCUAAUAAGCUGUAAGGUUUCAUGUAUUCAAAUAGUUGCUCACAGUAAAUUUACAUUACAGAAAUUCAGAUUUCCAGCGCUCCUGAAUGCGACCUCAUUAUCCAACUGCAACUGAAAACGCCAAAGACGUCAGUUUGAUCUUUUGAUUAGUCCUGAGCAUUUUGGAUUUGAAGAAGUGUUGAAAACGUUUGCCGAUGCUGGCGAAGAGGACAAACAGCUUUGUUGUUGUUGCUUAGAGUACAGAGUAUUAUUUCUUAUUUUAUGUGUGAUAAUUGGAAGUAAACAUUCCAAGAAGUGGAAAUUGACACGGUUGUAAAUUAGGGUGACCAUACGACCUUUUUUCUCCCAGACAUGUCCUCUUAUUUGGGGGCUGUCCAGUCUUGUCUGGCUUUGUUUAUAAAAUCCUUCAAAUGUCCGGAGUUUUGUAUGGGAGUUUUGAGUUCGUGUCAUAUGGGCUUAUUGACUUAGAAGCGCGCAAAAGACAUCUGAUCCGACCCGAAAAACUCUAAAAAAUAACUGCGCGACUCCGUGACUCCGCUUCCGCAUAGUUGUGUCCUCUUUUUGGGGAUUCAGAAUAUGGUCACCCUGUUGUAAACAGUGCUGUUCGUUCACAAUAUUUGUCUCCUAAUUACCCUUAGGACAUUGCCAUUAAGCUUACAAGUUUUACAUAACGGGCAGAUGUUGCAGAUGAUGAUGUUGCUGUAAUUCACAUAAACAAGGAAACAUGUCCGUCAUCAUUUUAAUGUUAAAAGUCCAGUAUAAAAAGAUCAUAUACACCUUUCCUAUUGGGUCCUAAAGAUCCAGUAAAAACAUUGAGAAGACUUUGUAAACGCGAGAAGUUGGUAGCAGCUUUCAUUUUUUUUCGUAACUUUUUGGUGGCCCCCCAAAAUAUCUGUUGUACCCCCCGACUAAAAUUAAUCUGGAUCCGCCCCUGGAGAUAGAAAAUAAAGCUAAAAGCGAGGAUACUUGGAACAGCCUGAUGAAGUUGUUUGCAUCAGUGCAUCGCUCAUUGUGCAUUACAUUAAGUGCAUCCAUAACUUAUAAAAAGCGAUAUGUAUAAAUAUGUGUAAGUGGUGAAUCCGACAUGUUGAGCUAUGCAUUUGAUCUAUCUCGCCUAGAUGCGUACCCCAUCAGUGAGAUCGUCUACACCUGGAAGAAAGGUCCUCUGUCGUCUGUGGAGGUACCGCAGGAAUCAUCCAGUUUGCUGCAGUACGAUCUCAUUGGUCAGACAGUGUCGAGUGAGAGGCUAAAGUCAAAUACAGGUGAGCAGAGACCUGCUGGAAUGGAAAUAUGUCAUUUGAGAUAUGAAUAUGAAUGAAUAUUUGUCAUUAGUCAGUAAUGGUUUUUAGAAAUGUCUAAGUUUGCAUUUUGUUGCAGGUGUUAUCAUUUCUAAGAUCACCAGGAUCAACAUUUUUGCAUAAAACUGAGUUAAACACAUGAAUCGGUAUUCUAAUGGAAUAUUUGGACUUGUGUUUGCCAAUAAAAAGCUGAUUUACUUUCAAUAAAACAUUUUUUUUUCCCUUCAGGUGAAUAUGUCAUCAUGACUGUUCACUUCCACCUGCAAAGAAAGAUGGGCUUCUUCCUCAUCCAGACUUACAUCCCCUGCAUUAUGACUGUCAUCCUGGCCCAAGUCUCUUUCUGGAUCAAUAAGGAAUCCGUUCCAGCUCGGACUGUGUUUGGUAAGACAUCAUCCAGAUUGCUUUCCUCUCUGCUGUAUGAAGAAUAUCCAGAAUCUCCAUUUUAAAAUCUCCAUACAAAACAGGACUUUCUUUUUUAAAGCAGACUGAAGACAAAUAGAGUAAGAGCACAUGCUGAACAUUACUUUCCGGCUGCUUUGGAACCAUUUUGGACGAUCAGACAAACUAUUCUCAUGCCAGAUUAUUCAACAAAAUGAUCUUGCAGAUAAUGGAUCAGUCUUCUCCAUUGUCGGUUUUUACAAGACUAAAAUCAGUCAGAGGAUUGCGAUGUGGAGAAAAAUGGAAAUCACAUCAAUUUGCGGAGUAGAAAAAAAGUCACUGAGGUAUUUCUAAAGCGUUCCCUCUAAUGCAUGAGCCGAGGAGUUAGAUGAUGUGAGAGUUUAUCAGAAAGUUUCAAGAUUCCUCAACUUUAUUUUUAUUUAUUUAUUUAAUCCAAAUGAAAAUUCACUGGUUUUUAUCAGCUCACCGCCCACCACUUGACCUCGGUGUGUGCGUGUUUUUCAUUCUGCAAACUUUGAGCCGACAUACUCUCCUCUAUUUACUCCGAUAAGUUCAACUGCACCAGGAAGUCUGUGAAAUAUAACCUUCCUCCGGAGGACAGAGACAGACAGAGUCAUGGCGGGAUGGUUUAACCUUUCUUCAUUAUCUCAGUUCCUCCUCCACUCUGCUGCAGCUGAAUUAAUUGGGAAUAAAUGUCCUUUUUUGAAAAUUGGUCAUGGAAGGGGCCGAGAGAGGGAGGAUGUUUACUUGGCCCUCAUCCGAGCACUCACAGGUUCCGCUUGCUCAUAUUACAUUACGCUAGAGUUGCCAUCAAGCUCUAGCCUCGGGAGUGGAGAGGGUGAGAGACGCUGAACAAAGACAGAGACUAAGUGGGAUGGGGAGGGGAGAAGGGAAUGAGUAAACAGAACAUGGAGGGGUAAAAGUGUGCAGAAGAAGAGUGAAGAAAUCCCUGCCAUUUUAUGAUUCAUUUUCACUUUUGCGUAAUUUUUAACAAACUGCAGCUGAGCGGAGGAGCCUCUGCCGACUCUGUGAGUCUGCACUCGUCUUUGGAAGAGAGCCAGAUCUCCAACAAGCCUGCGCACUUCUUCAGAGAAUAGAUCCCAAUCAUUAGUGAUGGUGCAGAAGUUGAGAACCCCAUGCUGAAAGCACAUCUGUGGCAACUCAUUAACCUCACCCGUCCUGCUGUUUUCAUUUCACUCAAUAUUGAGGAGUGGGAUGGAAAAAAAACAUCUCUCUCUGUAUUGGCUGUUGUUAAAAAGAAGCUCGGAGCUAACCCGAGGGACCAUCCCUAUUUUAGAAGAUGUUUUAUUGAAGAAAUAAAAUACCACAUAUUGGAUUUUUUACGGCAGAAGGCUUAACUUUAUCUCCACACUGUGAUAAAGUUUGAUUCUUUUACCGAGGCGACCUGCUUAUGAGGUCUUUGAGCGCUCGGAGCUAGAAAAGCAGCUCCAUAUGUUUUCUGCUAUAAAGAACGGAAGGCGGUUUGUCCUAAAAAUACCGUUAUUGAAGCUUCUUUAAUGCGUUUGAUAUUGCAUGAGAUGACAAGUUAAAAUUGGAGGUAAAAGUGAAGGGAGGCAAAAUUCGCCAUAUGGACGUGCUCCACCCUGAUAGUGCUCGGAGCUCUAAGCCGUAGUAUGUGGUGUGCUGGAUUGUCAACAACCUCUCUAAGAGCUGAAAGUCCCUUGAGCACAAGUCUCACAGACUUAAUUGAGUGUGGCCUAAUUUGUACCUUGCUUUUUUCCUAUAAAAGCACAUAAACGCCCCAAGCGUUUCAUCUCUAUCCUGUCUUUAUACUUCAUCCCCCUCCCUCCCACACUUGUUCUUUCUUUUCUUUCUGUCUUUUUCUCUUGCCUCUCCCUCCUACCCUGACAGGCUUUCUUCACGUGUCCCUCCUCCCCUUUAGCGAUCAUUUAACUUGCGCUCAAGCUGAGACAGUCGGCGUCGGUUGUCUACAGAGUUGCUAGCUUUCACUGCUGGAGUGUUGUAUUGAGAGGAAAUGUUUCUGAGACAUUAGUAGGUGCAUUAAAUCCCCCAUAAGUUCCUCCACUGCUAAUGAAAUGUGCUACAACUACAGAGCGCAUUUGGUAAAAGCAUGGCCAGCAGUGCUCAAUGGACCUUUUUCCCUGCUUGCUUUAGCUUGAUGAAAGUGAAUUAGAUAUGUACUUUGUUAAUGGGCCAUUAAAACGGAUGUUCAUUGUCAGCAUCUUUCUCUGACUUAAUAAGGAUGGGAUCUGUGCAAGUCAGAGGAAACUCCUUUUUCCACUGAGUCAGAGGCAGGAUCUCACCUCGCGUCGAUUUCAUUUCACAUGUUCGGAUGUUUUGACGUCUCAAAAGUACGGGAAAUGCACCUGCUGCGGAUCCUUUUGUAUGGGCUCAAAACUCGAAUCAUUUAUCUGAGGGAAUUUAUGAAUGGUUUUCAACAUCCAUAUCGACUUGUUCUAGUUUUAUAUACUUUGAGGCUAAGCUCAAAGGGAUGCUCUCAGUCUGUGAUCCAAUCUGGAGCCAUGGCCUCAAGUUUACGAGAACUUUUGUCCGGCUUCAAAAAGAGAACAGCCUUUUUUUAGCUGACUGAAUUAUCAAAACACGCCAUUUUUAUCCAUUUCCAAAUCCCUGAACAAAUAUCAUUCACCUGACAUCUCCUUUUUCCCCAUUUCCAGUCUUCCACACCUCUCAUUAAGAAAUAAACAAAUGUUACUACAGCGGGUCAUCCUGCUUGAGCGUCUUCUCCAGAAUGUUUACAGAUAUUUGGCCUCCUUUUUUAGCGCGCCAGAGCAGGGGCAGGGGUUAGUCUGCUUAUGGAAAGAUUACUGACGUGACUUUUUGGCAGACCUCACUGAACUGAAAUGCCACUGUGCCUGGUGUUCUAGAUAUGUGCCGUGAAAUGAGGCUGCUGUCAUGUGUCAAAGGUAUUCUCUGGGAUCACCAGCAGUUUACACGCUCUGAUUGUUUUUCCUUUAAGCCGUCUUGAUGGUACAUGUUUUUUCUUCAAUACAGCUUCACUGUAAACAGUAUGUGCUUAAUUACUAAGACGAAUGAAGACUCUUGUUGAGUAAAACUGACAUUCAAGCGGUCAAUAUGCAAUCAAGCUUGAAACACAGUUGCUGCUGUCUCACAAUGAGGAUUGCCUGAAGAAAGUGAUGGCCAGCUUCUUGGUAUUUCACGUGUCGCCAGUGGUUGAAGAUAACUGACUAAAAGCUAAGACGAGGGGUAGGUGAUAUGGGCUAAAAAAUUUAUCACCUUAAGAUUUGCCAUCUGGGGAUAACAAUUAAAGUCCCAAUAAAAAAAUAUUAUAAUUCCAAUCUUUAUUUUUGAGUCAUUUUGUCUUAAGAGCAACCGAUUGGAGUAGUCAAAUGAGAUACUUAAUCAAAUGUUAAAACAUUGUCAACAUUUGUUGAAAACUCUUAUGGCACAGAGUUAACAGAUCUAGGGCUGCAACGAUUAGUCGACAUAAUCGAUUACGUUGACACGAAAAAUUCAUCGACACGAAAAUUAAGCGUUGACGCGUUGUGUUAUUGUUGUUAAGAAUCACAUGCCGGCGCCUCAUGCUCAUCUAUAACUGCAGUGCACUACAGGAUGUGCUGGGGGCAGUAGCGCUCGCUGUUUACAUCCCGCGAGCAAACACAGAAGAAAAGUGCACACAUUAUGGCAGCACAAACUGAAAAAGACGCUCCAAAACUCCGACCCAAAACUUCAAAACUUUGGGAACAUUUUACGGAGAACAAACAAAAAAAACACGUUGAUCAAAGCUCAGCUUUGCGACCAUGGCAGCACCACGGCGAUGCAUGAGCACCUGAAACGCCGACACUCCGGAAAUAGGUGUUUAUAAAUAAAGAAGAUAGUGAUUAAUCGUGAUUAAUCGUGAUUAAUCGGACGACUAGUCGAUAGAUUAGUAGACAAAAAAAUAAUCGUUAGUUGCAGCACUAAACAGAUCCACUGUCCGAUGUCAGGCAUACCUGAUUGCGCUCGUCUAAUCUUACACUUACCACUGCCACUGUACCACUACAUGGUACAUGUAUUUUUAAUACAGCCUUACUGUAAACAGUAUGUGCUUAAUUACUAAGACGAAAGAGGACUCUUAUUGAGUAAACUGGACGUUCAAGUGGUCAAUAGGCAAUCAAGCUUGAAACACAGUUGUAGCUGUCUCACAAUGAGGAUUGCCUGAAGAAAGUAAUGGCCAGCUUCUUGGUAUUCUUCUUGGUAACUAACUACACACAUCCAAAACCAACUAUUAUGUACGCACUUUUUUGACACUGAAUAUACCGAUAUGGGCAAAAUGACGUCAGUUAUUGUCGUAAAUUCAGGUAUCGGUAAAUUUUCGAUUUAUCGCCCAGCCCUAAUCCAAUAUAAGCACAGAAGCUGACCAUGUCAACAGAUAAUAUCUUUGUUUUUUAUGUUCCCCAUGAGUGACUCUCAUCUGUGUUUCUGGGAGGUCUCAGUUUCAUUUGAAAUAUCAGGUUACGAGCACUUAAGUCUGGCUUUCUUUAUCAAUAUGAACCACAAGGACACACAUUUUCUUGCGAUUUACUACAGUGAAUAUGUCCAAGGCUUUGAAAGUAACAUCGUGAAUAAACCUUAAGGAAGGAAUUCAGGAUCUCAUUUCUCUAGGACUUUUUGCCUUUUAUUUUGAUAGGACAGGACCAGGACCAGGUGUCCAUGCUGAGGUUUGUAGCCUCUGUACAUUGGGUACUUGCUUAUCAACUGGGUCAAACUAACUCCCUGGAGUAGGAAGUCAUUUCUGAUGCAUUCGAGGAAGUCUGGAAAUCUAAACCCUGUUGGACAUUUCUCCACAGAUAGUGGUAUCUCUUUAUGGAGAUGAAUGAACUAUCAUGAUAUUACUGCUAAUAAUGGCCAGGAUGUUGUUACAGUGGGUUGUGUUCCACCUGCUUUUGCUUAUCUGUUUUUCCUGCAUACACCAAAGCCUGUUAGUACUACAACUACAUAGUACUAAAGUCAGGACCCAAAGCAGAGAUUUGACAUUAUUUAUGCAGAAUCUAUUUAUAGGAAUCAAUAAAUGAUUUAUGUAGCGCCUUAAAUUCAAAAUUUCACAUUUCAGUGAUAAAGUUGCAUCCUUCCAGCUUUGAAUCGUGUCUGCAGCUAAUAAAUACUGAAGACAAGGGUUCUUCAAUUGCUUCCUCUCUGCAUUGCUGAAGUGAUCCCAGACAUUCUUUGCCAGAUGGUUGAUUUUGCAAAGAGAGAUGAAAUGGCAAUUUCCAAAAAGAGAUGCUGCAGUUGCUGCUUGCUGCCUUUGGUUAGAGGACUCAACAGAUUCGAUCUGUUGGUUGUGAGAAAAGGUGCGCUAAGGUCAAAUAAAGGGCUGGAUGGAAAAUUUACAUGGCAGUAUAUUAAAUACAUUUAUUUUCAUGUGCUCUUGUGCACGUCUUUGAGUGUAUAUUUCGUUCUUUAUUCAAUUGAAGCUGGUUGCUGUGAUCUUUCAUAAUCAGGCCCCUCUAUUGUUGUUCAUUGACAAACAUUCCCAUGUGUCGAGUCACAUGAUAACCAGGAACAAACAAAGACAUCCAGAUACUCCUCAUCUUCCUAGAGCGUCGCUGCUCAUCUAGCUGAGAGCAAGGUCAAUGGUAAAUAAUGUCUGUCAAUUCAGAUACAUCCAUCAUUUCACUUUAAUUCAAUGACACUAAAGGGGUAAUGCAACAUUUUGAGCCUUAUAGACAUAAUGUAUCCUACAUUAAUCGCUGGUUGUUACUGUUCUAGAGGUGGCUUAUAGAAAAAAAAGCAAAGUAACACCACAGUCUCGGUCUUUAGAUGUUUGUUAAAGGGGUAUUCUGGUUUAAAAUUAAGUUAUGGUCAAACACAACGUAACACCUCGAGAGAUGAAUGUUGGCGCCUGUUUGCUUCUCUAGUUAUACCAACUUGAGCAACGACUGAACGAUAGCAAUACACAUCGGUCUACGUCUCCAUGCACAAACCUCAACCAAUAUAUAGCAAUAUAUGCUCUAUAGCAACAAAUAAUGCUCAGAACAGCACCUAACUUCAUCAACAGUACAUAUAGGGUCCCAGCCAUAGUACUAGUCGUCAAACAUCUUUUUAACUUUGCCUAAUUUCUUUAGCAAAGAAACUAAUCACAACUCACCUACUCUCUUCCAGCAGCCGCUUGUUUGUGGGGGAGCCCUGAUAAGUCAAUCACUGAGUGCAGUGGAUCAUUUUCAUGAAGUAAUAAUCAUAAUAAUCAUUUUGCACUGCAGACGCAGGAGUUCUUCUGCCUUUGGGUCUCGGUCUGAUUGCAUUUCCAUGAAGUAAUAAUCAUAAAUGUUCUUCCUUGAGCUGCGAAACUCCGCUGCACUCUGUGAUCGACUUGUCAGGGCUCCUGCCACAAAAAGCAAGGUUCAAAGAGAUGAAAUGACAAACACUGUGUCAUUCUUAACUUCUGUCUCCUCACUGUUUGCAGGUAUCACCACUGUCCUGACCAUGACAACCCUCAGUAUCAGCGCCCGCCACUCUCUCCCCAAAGUCUCCUACGCCACAGCCAUGGAUUGGUUUAUUGCUGUUUGCUUCGCCUUCGUCUUCUCCGCCCUGAUUGAGUUUGCAGCUGUCAACUACUUCUCUACUCUGCAAGCCAACCGGGAGAUGCGAAAGGCGGCAGCCAUGAAGGCAGCGGCACAGGAGGCAGCAGCUGCAGCUGUAGCUCCGGCUGCAGCCACGGGGAACGACACAGAAGUUUCCUCUGUAAGUCCUGAUGACUUGUUGUUUCAUACCUUGGCUUUCAAGUGUAACAGGCUGGUUGUAUUCAUGUGGAGAAACCUCAUUGAUGUUUACUCACACUGAACAUGAAUGUGCUGCUGAGCUGCAACUGGGUGAGGUGCACCGUUUUUAAAGAAUCUUCAUCUCUUUGCUGAAAUCAUCGAUAGGCGUAUGUUUCCGGAACCAAAACCACUAUGGUUGCCUUGAGCUAUGGAGGAUUCUGAUAAGAUCAUGUCUGUUUCAGAGCUGACAGGGUUUUGAUUUUUAGAGCCAAAUAUGCCUGUGGUUGUCUUAGUUACAACAUCUGUUGAAACACAGAGGAGGUCUUGCAAAUUCACCCUUAUUUAUUUUUCCACUUUAGUUCUGGUAUAUACUCAUCAAACACGUCUGUGAUGAAAGACUGAAGACUGAAGGCAUUUGAAAGAGAGUUUUUAACUCAGUAUUUGGCAAGUUUCUUGAGUCAUCCGUCCAACUCACUGCUGGAUCUGGAAGUUUUUGACCAUUUGUUUAAGUCAGCUUGCUUAAACAGCAGUCACUAUAUUGGGUGUCCAUUUGCCCGACAGCCCAUUGCAUUACGCCAUACGUCUGUUGCCAAACUGCAUGCAUGCUUAUGUCCCCAGAGUUUAAAAACUGCAAAAGGAUGUUAUUCUAGUCCAUCUACCCUAGUCUGCUCUCUGACCUGCCUUGUGGGCAACAUCUAAAUUUGAUGUAGCCUUGUGGUUGUCUUAUAUAGAGUGGGUUUGAGUAAGCAACAUAUGAUACAGUUUUAAAAGAAGGAGUGCAAGAGUUCUGGGCAUAGAACAGCAAUUGUGAAAGAGUUGUCUUAAAGGGACAUUCCGGAGUAAAAUUAAUUUAGGGUCAAACACACUGUAACACCGAGUUAAACACCCUGUCGAGAGAUGAAUGUUGCAGACCACUUGCUUCUCUAGUUAUACCAACUUUAGUAACAAGUGCAGAUAGCAAUACAGAGAGCCACACAACUCACCCGUGGCUCUCUUUAUUGCUAUCGUGCAGUCGUUACUAAAGUUGGUAAAACUAGAGAAGCAAACAGUCGGCAACAUCCAUCCGUUGACAGGGUGUUUAACUUGGUGUUACGGUGUGUUUGACCCUAACUUAAUUUUACGCCAGAAUAUCCCUUUAACUGCACCAAAUUAACAGUUUAUGCUUGGCUAAAAUCGUAAGAGUCAGCUGAUCAGUGGUCACCCAACGUGGACUGGAGCAGAGGGUGGACUUUCGUGCACUGGCUUUUCCUUCUGUUGAAAGUAUUUCAGCUUUAGCCAUUGGCUUUGUUAUGAACUGACUUACAACACACUAAAGCUUAGAGCGUUCAAUUAUUCAUGCUUAUUCUUAUGGAUAUCUGCAUUUCUUUGCCGAUAAGAAUAGUGUCAUGAGAUUUUUUCUUAUAUGGAGGACAAAAAAGAGACAAAUGAAAUAUUAAAAAUACAUCUUUAAAUAAAUGCUUACAUGUCAUUAAUUAAUCAAAAUAGGAAAUAAAUACAUAAAUGUGUCAUUACUGUAUUGAAAUACCAGUUCAUUCAAUGUUAAAACAUAUAUAAUUAUUUGACUAUUUAAUCAAUUUUUUAAUGGACCUGUGUUGCGGUGCUGCAUGAAUUUAUUUUAUCCGUCAAACUCACCCAUCAAAGUUAGUGGGCAGAUCCUAACACCUGAUUGGUUACCCGGCACAUCAAGUUAAGACAAAUCGACUCCAGAUAAUGGAUUGAUGCAGCGGUCAAUACGGUCAAUAUCUUAGUUAAAGAGUGUGGGAAUAACUUCAAAAAAGUCACUUAAUUCCUCUGCUUUACAGUCUACAUGCUCUUGGUCAGCAUACUUAAACUUUUUUCGAUCACAGCACCUUUUAAAACUGCAUAAAAUCUCAUGCCACCCCAGUGUAAAGUACAAUUACUAACGACCCUGCAGAGCCUCACUGUUUAUUCAAAUGGGACAGUAUCAAUGAACACAGCAUAAUACCAACUGAAAGUGCACCAGAGAUAAGCAGGACUGUUUCUUUCCAUCCUAAGUGCGAGUUUCCAUCCAUGCCUGCCCUACACAUACACAUGCACAUGCACACACUAAUCCGCAAAGAGAGAGGAAGAGAGAUAGGCCUACAAGCGCACAGCCGGCUCGCACUCACUGGCAUCUACCUUUGCGACAUUUGGUGCAGACUCAGAGCUGGUGGACGAAGGCUUUCACAAACUCUGCUAGGUCUAAAAUAUCAAUAACCAACUCCUCAGAAAGUUCGAAGCAUUUCCUCUAUAGACGCUUUGUUUGAAAGACUUUGGGCUUUAGACCGAAGUAAUGGAUCACACUAGAUCAGCAUUAGUCCCGCCUACUGACUUUGAUAAGAGAGUUUGACGGAUGAAAUAAAUUCAUGACACACUGCAAUACAGGUCCAUGAAAUAAUUAGUUAGAUAGUGAAAUAAUUAUAUAUGUUUUUACAUUGAAUGAAAUGAUAUUUCAAUAAAUUUAUGACACAUUUUAGUAUUUAUUUAAAGACGUAUUUAUAUAUUUCAUUUUUUUCUUUUUGUCCUUCAUACCUGAAACUCAAACUAUAUUCUGACAAAAAUAAAUCAUGCUUAGAUAAUUUGAUUGAUAUUAUAGACCUGCCAGGAUAAACAGACUGAAAGGCUGCAGGUAUUCAGGUUUUACUAACAACAACUUGUCAGUCAGAAGUGAGCUUUAUGGAUGUUUGUUCAGCAAAUCUAUAGCUUGAUCUUAGAAAGGGUUUAUGCUGUAAACAUUGGUGAAAGUCAUACAGCGUUGUAGUUAUAGUCUGUUCUGCUUUUCGGCUGUGUUUUGUCUCGGAGAGGACGUGAUGCAACAUCUGUUGCAGUGUGUCUCAUUCAAAGGUGUAAACUGGGUUAACCCAAAUAAAUAAAACAUUUCCUGUAGCCUGCAGUACUGAAGUUGGGUACAUUUCUAGAUUUAUACAUAUAAUCCUGUGUCUUUCUGCUCUGUUCCACACUCAUCAUGCGUCUUUCAUCUUUGGAGUUCGACUUGCUCAGUUCUUGUCACUUGCUAAUCUUGUUUCGACGUCCUCCUCCUGUCUGUCAUUUUCUGUUUGUCUCUUUUUCCGUCUUAAUCCUUCCUCAGCUGUUUGCCCUUAUGUAACACUUUCACUUCGCUGUUUUUUUUUCUAUUUCAAUUUACUUUAUUUGCACGGUAUGUAAACACAUCUGCUUCACAUGGGAUAAAGUAAAGAGUGGAUAAGGAAAAAGAAAGCAGUGAAAGAACUAGUUGUAACUAUGGGUGGGAGGAAAAAAUCAAUACAGCGUGGUAUAGCGAUAUUUUGUCUGAUGAUAUAUUGUAUCGUCUCAUUUAUCAAGAAUCGAUUUUUUCAUAUUAAUUGCUAAUAUGAAGUCAAAUCUAUGAUAAUGGAAAAAUAAAAUCAACUGUUUGUCCAGUGAAGUUGGCAGAGGUGACAUUAUAGAGCAGGAAAAAGUAAAGCAACAAAUAAAGCAGCACUUGGGGAAAGACAUGAGGAAUGCAAACAGGGCACAAAUGACAUGGACCUGACACAUAAAGUUUGCAAGGUGUAGUACAUGAAAAUAAGAUACGUUGUAAAUAAGACGGACGUUAAGUAAAGACAAAUGCUAAAUUAGCUAAACAGUUGAACAAAUUGCAAUAUAUUGUAUCGCAAUACAAUACAAUAUCAUAUCGUGGCCCAGGUAUCGUGAUAUUAUCUCAUCGUGGGGCAACUGGUGAUUCUAACUCCUCGUAAAAAGGAAGCUUAUAGGUACAUGAACAUGAACGCUUUUUAAUCUCCUGAUAAACAAUUGGACAGAAUCAAAUCUUACUGGACCAUACCAAAUUGUGUCAUGUCAUAUAUUGCAUCGUAUUGUAUUGUACAGUAUCAUGUUGUGUUGUGCCUCACUGUAUCAUUUCUUACUGUACUAUAUUGUGUGGUAUCAUACUGCAUCCUAUUGCAUGGUGUUAUUUUGUAUCCCACCGUUUUCAGUUGUAUUGUUUAGUGUUGAAUUGUAUUGUAUCGUAUUUUAUCGUAUCGUAUCGGGUUGUAUCGUAUCAUACCGUAUUGUAUCAUAUCAAACUAUAUUGUAUCAUACUGUAUCGUAUCGUAUCGUACUGUAUCAGAUUGUAUCGUUUCGUAUCAUAUCAUAUCAUAUCAUGUUCGUGAUUAUGUAUAGUUUUCAGUCCUUCCAGUGUUGGCCUGCUGGAUACAAAAUAAUCGCAAAGACAAAUCUUUACAUCAUGACAGAUCUUCCCAUGUGGACAUCGCAGUAUGUUGCGUUGUUAUGUAUCACAUUGCAGUUAUCAUAUCGUGCGUCAUUCUAUUGCAAUGUUUUGUCGCACUAUUCCAGCUUUUCCUAUCGUGUUGUUCUGUAUCAUGUCAUUUAUUAUUCCUUAGUAUCAAAAUGUAUGGUAUUGAAUCCUAUUGCAUCAUAUAUUAUAUCAUUUCAAAUCAUUGUAUUAGGUCCACUAUUGCUUUUAAAUGUCCUUUAUUGGUUCCCCCCUUUAAGCAUGCACACACACACACACACACACACACACACACACACACACACACACACACACACACACAGAAAAACUGUACUAACAUGUGACAUUAUCCGGCUUUUUUUCUGUGUUUAUUCCAGCUCCCUGCUGUGCUCUUCAUGUGAGCCUUCCAUGCUCUGAACACACACACUCCCUCUCUCUCUUUAUCCCACAUGCAAACACAAACACAUCUCUUCAUCACACUUCUUUUGCCUCUUUCCUUUUUCUUUUUGCUUGAAUAUAUCACAAGAAAUCAUGUCCGCUAUAUUUGUGCCUCUUAGUCCGACACAUCAACACGUAAUCCCUAGUGCAAACUCAAACUAAUAUACACAUGCGCAUAAUCUGAAGUACAUGAAGCCCCUCUCAUCCAUACAUAUCAGUAAUCACUCAAUACAAUAACUCAUCCACUCAUCCAUCCAUCCAUCCGCAGUUUAUCUAUCAUCCGUCCAUCCCUCUUGCCCAGUCCUCUAUUCUGCCCCAUAACUAAGAGAUAACUGCAGAGAGUGACACGAGGAGACAGGCAGGGACUCUGUAAACGAUGUUGCCGCAGAUUAUGUAAGAACCAUAGAUUAAGGGAAUAUCCGGCAGAUCACUGAGGGUUCAAAAGGAGGAGGAGGGCAGCCACCACAAUGAGGCCGAUUAAGGGUGGUGUUGAGAUAGCUGGCCCAGCGUGGCUUUCUGUUGAGCGGGCACAGAGAGAUGGAUGCGAGGGGCCAGCGUGGUUUGUUUUUCUGCUGUGUGCUUUCUGUAUGUGCAUGAGAACGAGUUUCACUGAGAGAAAGAGAGAGUGGGAGGGAUGCAUCAUGGAAAAUGACUGCUUUCAACAAAUAUGUAGGAGGGAAGACUCUUCAUUACACAGUGAAAAAAGGGAAAAAAAGAAAAAAAAACAAUGGUGUAUCAUUGGGAAUAGAAAUAGCCUUCCACUCGUCACGAUUUAAAACACUACGACCUGUUGUGACUGUCAGGUACAGCUGUAACAAGGAUGGAAACCUCACAGCAAACAUAAGAUAGAUGGCGUGUUUAAUGAAUAAAAUAUACAACCAUAAGCACAAAGGCGAAGGGGGUGUUUGUCAGUGUGUGUAAAGGGCACUGCAUGCAUUGUCAGUGUGGUGUGUGUGUGUAGGUGGUGCAGUAUGUGGUGCAGGAAAUUAACAGAAAAUAAAAACAGUCGUGGGAGGAAAAGAAGAAAGAAAGAGAGAGCGAAAGAAAAAGAAGGAGACCCUUAUUUAUAGGCUCAGCCACAGGUGCUAGCACUCACACGAUUGGUUAACGCUGCUCAGGUGAGGCGACGUGCGUGUUCAAGCAGGAUACUUUUAUUUUUGUGAGUUCGACCUUACAUCAGAGUGCACUGUUUAUUAGUUAGAAGGACUGUUACUAUUUUUGAGGUUGGAAAAGGUACUAACAACAAAUACGCUGUGUAUCAUAGAUGCGUGGAAGAGUGUGAAACUAAAAGGAGACAUUUAUUAUCAACAUUGGAAAUCAUUGAGGUAAAUGCCAGUCUGGUAUUUUGUUUCUGUGUGGUGGUUUUUGUGUUUCAUGGCUUGCAUUACAAAGUGUUGGGAAUCUCAAUUGGCAGGAAAGUCUGAGGUGUUGUUCUUGCUCUGAUUUGCAUAUAUAUACAGUGGCAACACUUCUAAUACACGAACCAUGAAGAAUUAAACUGAGAGAAAGUGGCAGCAAAUUCAGAGACAAAGGCAUCUCCAAAAUACACAAACGAAAAAGAAAAUUGAUAGGAAAGGGAGCUGAAAUUAAUAAAAUGGGUUUAAAAACAAGAAAACAUACACAUUUAGUACUUUGAUGGGUCUGUAUAUAGCCUGUGAAACUUUCAGGAGUCACUUUGAUGACCUGGUUCAUGGCUGGAUUUUGGUUUUGGGCUAAAACCACCAAAUCUUUGACACACAUCUGGACUGUCACGGGAACUUGAACAUUUAUGGUAUUCCUUGUUGUCUUUGCCCCAAUGUCAUGUCCGACUAAAGAAAUAGGGAUGUGUGCAUUAACUCGACUAUAUGAUCACAUGCUGCACCAGAAUUACGAGUAGGGCUGGGUGAUAUGGCCUCAAAGCAAUAUCAGGAUAUCUCCUCAUCUGUCUUUCCAUCUUUGUUAUGGACUGGAUGGGGUGGAGUCAUGUCUCUGACGUAGGACAGCGUCUUAGAGGGACAUGAGACCAUAGCCUACCUACACACAUCCAAAACCAACUUUUAUUUAUUCACUUAUUUGACACCGAAUAAACUGACAUUGGCAAAAUGACGUCUGUUAUUGUCAUAAAUUUUGGUAUCGGUAAAUUUUCGGUUUAUCGCCCAGCCCUAAUUACUAGUCAAUUAAAGUAAGUAGCGUUUUCUCCUCCAUCUAACUAGGCCUGUAGCUCCAGCCAAAAGCCACAAUGCUAUGAUACUCUACUAUCUGGAUGUAAACAAACACAGCAGGUAGUUUGUAUCCUGCAGCGCUGCACAGUUUGAAUUGGAGAUAAGGUGGGCAUAGGCUUUGUCUGGUUGAAUAAUCUCAAUGAUUCCAGACAUGUGAAUAUUCUAGGGCUGUAAUCAACCAAAGAAGUUCUUGGUCGACUAUUCAGAACUUUGGUCAACUCAGCAUGUUGACCAAUAAGUCGACUAGGACUUUACAGCCCUACAAUGUUAGUCUGCAAGGAAGACCAGACGCUUUUAGUGCUAGCCUUGCUAACAAUGGCCACACUUGGAGAACCACUUUCACUGACAGUAGAUGGUAUAAAUGCAAACUGUGAAUGCAUUAAGUGCUUUUCUAUAUGCAGCUAACAAUCAGCUUUAUUCUAUCUGUCAGAGGUUCAGGUUUAUUUAUCCAGCACUCCCUUCUGUUGAUGUUUUAUGAACAUAACAAUGAAAAGAGUGUUAAAGCUGUAUAUCCAAGACACUUGUUGCCAUGCCUCGGAUGAAUCAAUAGAGAAGGUACAUUAAUAUACAUAUAUCUAUAACUGCCACCCACUAAUAAUGAUCCAAAUGUGUAUUCACUCCUACACAACACCUACAGAGUUUAACCUCCAUAAACCUUUUUCUUUGCCUUAUGAGCAGUGCACAGAUAGAGUAACUUUACACCGACACUCAUGAGCGCUCUUCAAUGUAGCUUCCAUCCCCCUCCCUCAAAACACAUGACUAACUUAUCCUAGUCCUCCUCCUGACAUCCAUCUGUCAUACCUGUGUCAAAGUGGGGCUAAUGAAUAACAAAGCAGUGGAUAAAGAGAAGUGGGACCAACAUGAGCAAUUUGCGGCAUGGCUGCUGCUCAUGGGUGCUUUACGCAGCAGGCUCUGCCAUCAGUGUGGGAAUGUGGUGUGAAUGGGACAAUAUGGACAUAUGGACACGGUCUCUGUGAUGCCACCCAUUGGUUUUUUGGAGGCAGACUCUGACACCCCCAAGGCUUUAUUUUUCCCUGCAUGAUAUUGCUGCUUGCAAUGCACUUCUGAUCUUUACUUUGAGAGAAAACAGCAUUGGGAAGCACAUAUACAUGAAGCUGCAGCAGGAUUUAAAGCCAAAAGGUGGAAAACGUUGCAGAUGUUUGCCAGCAGGGAUAAAGCCCUCCCAGAUUUGAACCUUUUUUCCAGUUUCUACGUGAGUUGGAAGUAGAAAUCAGCAUUUUCAAUAUGGCUGCCACCACUACUGGGCUUUACCCUCUCCUCGUGUGUUAGGGUCUGCACUGGACUGUUUUUGUUUUUAAAAGAACCACAUAAACUAGCUUUUUUGCAUCAAGACGUUUUGAAUUUAUCAGGAACCUCUAUUUCAACAAAAUGAAAAUAAAAAAAUCCAAUUGGCUAAAUUAUAAAAUGCUCUUAAUAAAAUUAUGGCACGUGUCAUGUUAGGGUCGCUGUUGACCCGGUUAGAUUAAAUAUCAAUGAUUAGAGCAAAAAUUGAAAUCAUAAGGGCACUGACAGGCACCGCACUGACAGUAAGAUCCUUUUCCAAUCAUGUGAGAUUUAGGGAAUUCUCAUUUAACCAUGUUUUUACCUGCACAAAAAAACAACGUCGGGCAAUGAAGUAUAGAUAUCUGUAUGAGGGGUAUACUGACAAAGAAAGGUGCAGAGGCCCACUACAAAAACUAUCAUAAGCAAUAUUUUCAUGGAUAAUACCUAACAAGGUAACCUAGAGAUGAGAACCAAAUUGGAUGAUAGAGGAUUUUUUUUAGUGUCAUUUGCAGCUGAUUUAAGACACGGGUCAAAACCGACCCUUAACAUAGUGGGUGUAUAGUAAAAGCUAACACAGGAGGAAGGAUACAGCCCCUACUUACAAACCAGCCAAUGACAUGACUGAAAUCAGGUAUUUUAUAAGUAUUCCACAUUUUAUACAUCCAUGACUUUAGGACACCAACCAGUCACAAUAGGAAACAAAUAAACCUCUAUUUGAGUUUUAGUCCCCAUAUACUAAUUAACCUUGACCUUAUACAUUAGCUGUUAUUCCACAUUGGGAAACAUACUAAGCAAUCAGAUAGAGGCAUUCAUUUUCAUCAAGUGAUGAGUCAGCUUAACAAUAGCAUGACCAGCUGUCAGAUCAUCUGGACCCACUCCCUUUAAUAGCCAUUCCUGCCUCUCAUGCUAUUGUAAUGUUCAACAAAUCUAUAUCAGUUCUGUUGUACCCGCUCUGCUAUGUCACAAUGACUCUUUUAUUCUUUUUUUUUCUGUGAGAGGUUGAAAUUUAUUUAUUUAUCCAUCUAUUCAUUUUCUCUACCACAGACAAAGCCAGAAGAAGCUGAGGAUAUGAUACACUUUUUCACCAUGUCAGCCCCUUUAUUGUCUCUCUGACGCCUGGUACUUGUCAACUAUAAGCUGAACAUUUUAAUUAAAGAUGAUUUUUCACUGAGUAUAUACAUAGAAAGAUCUCUUAAUCUAUAGAGCACCACCCUCUAUAUGUUGAGCUUCUGUUCAGAUGUAAAGAGAAAAGAUGCCCUGCUGUAUAUGACUCUCUUUUCUCCCUGUUAGCUGCAUGUUUCCAUGGUUACACUCACUCCUGACGUUGAACCGUCAUAGAGAUUUGCAGCGACAGAAAGAUCCCACUAUAUCAAAUCAGCAGUCAAAAGUUGAACAUCUAAAGAUAGCAGCAUCACAAAUAAAUGACUGUCUUUGUGAAAGAGCAGCAGUUCAAAGUCAGAUCAAAACAGCAUCAUUUAAUUAUAAACAUUCAGGGAAGUUAUUAAUUUUACAUUAAUUUGAAUCUUGCAUUUUUAAGUAUGUCAAAUUUGGUCCAAAUCAACGAUCCAUGAAGCUAAACAAGUCCUCGUUUGAGUUGGCCAGCUUUUACGGUUUGAAGAGCUCUCCUUGGCCAGAGGGCUGUCAGAGUUCCUCAACCUUUGGGGGGACAUGUAAUCCUGUGGUCAUGCAAAUCCAGCCUAAAUCUCAUAAAUUUAGUUCUGCUCCAAGAUUGCAGUUUGGCCAAAAGCGAAUGUGAACAAAGUGUGCCCAACAGCAGGAAUCAGGACAGAUGGGUGAAAUCUAGGUUUUGCAGUCCUAUAUACUAGAGAGGAAUAAUUUAUAACUUAAACUGGCUCAUAUACUCUACCCUAAUGUCUGCAACAGUCUUAUCUAUUUAAGACUGUGUCUCGGUCUGAUUGCAUUCCAUAAAGUAAGAAUCAUAAAUGUUCUUCCUUGAGCUGCAAAACUCUGCUGCUCUGAUGAAGUUAGGUGCUGUUCUGAGCAUUGUUUGUGGCUAUAAAGUGGCGUUUUGGUUGAGGUUUGCACAUGGAGGCGUAGACCAAUGUAUAUUGCUAUCGUGCGGUCGUUACUAAAGUUGGUAUAACUAGGGAAGCAAACAGUCUGCAACAUUCAUCUCCAGGGGGUGUAUAACUUGGUGUUAUGGUAUGUUUAACCACAACUUCAAUUUCAAAGAUCUUGCGUGUUGUUAUAAAAUAAUUUUACACAAAGUCAAAAAGAAGAAAAAAUAUUGCGAGACAGUGCGACCCUCUUAAAUCUACAUUGUCAAAAUCACUCCGUCUUCAGAGAACAGAACAUUACAUACUCCUCACAAUACUUAGUUGCAUAAGAAAUCAAUGGAGUCACUCCAAGAUACAAAGAGCUUGUUUGAUCCUCAAUCCUGUUUAUUUAUAUAGUCCUUCAGCACACAAAUGCAUACCAUCUUCUGGGGUUUUUAUAUAAAGGGAAGCUCCUCUAUUUCACUCUCUCUGACUCUACCUACAGGCAACUCUGUGUUCCUUGACCCAUUUCCCAGGCGUACUCUCCCUCCCUCUCUCUCUCCGUACAGAUACUGUAGCUGAUUUACAACUAUUGGAGCAGGGAGCAUGUGCUGAGAUCUUGCUGGUUUACUGAAAGUUGAUGAGGCAUAGCGAUAACCAUGUGUCAAUACACUGUGAGCCUCUCUUGUUUAAUACGUUUUGUUUUGCUUCCCACAACUGCAUCAAUCUUCAUGGACGGGGCUGAUUGAAAUCACAUCAAAUCAGAAACAAAACAUCAUUGAUUUCCUUUGUUGGGCUUAAUUACUUUGGUACUCAUUGGUAUUCCAGACGGAUUUUUGUAGAGACACGAGCACAUUUCCCAUUCACUGAUCAGCUCUCAGCUGUGUAAAUGCAGCUUUAACAUCAGGACAAGAUAAUUCUUGAUUUUUUUUUUUCUUAUUGCAUAAUUUGGCUUAAUUUUCUUUUUGUAAUUAUGCUAUAAGAUAAUCUUUUAUGAUAAGAUGUUGAACUUUUUCAUAAGGAACCAGUUUCUACGACAUUAUUAGAACAUAAAAUACAACAUUUUAUAAUGCCCUAGGUACAACAGCAGAGUACGAGUUAAUUAUUAAUACCCUUAUAUUACACCAUGCAAUAUUCUCUUUAAUGUGAAAUCCCUCUAACAUAUCCUAUAUGUUUCCUCCCUUCCUCUCCAAGGUGGAUGCCAGCAGUGUUCUGAAGAAGAGGAUGAACUCUGCCCCUAUAUUUGACCGCCCUGCAAAAACAUUUCCUAACCCACCCGUCAAUGCCCAGGCCUUUCUACAGCAGGGUUCAGCCGUACCGGCCAACAACGUCCUGACUGGCACCAGCAUCAUCGACAAAUACUCCCGUAUCCUCUUCCCACUUUCGUUUGGCGCCUUCAACUUGGUCUACUGGAUCGUCUAUCUCACCAAGGACACCAUGGAGAUGUCCAGGUGAACAGAUGGCACGGUUCUUACAAAUAAUGCCAGCUCCUUCACUUUGAUGAUAUUUCCCUGCUGAAGUCCUGCGAAACCUCUGCCAGGCUACUUUAAAACAUAUUCGGAGAUGAUUUAUUGAAUGUGUGUGAGUGAAUGUGUCAGAAAAGAUGGCAACGGAUUCUGGGUAUCUUGGCUGUUAGCCAUGUGUCUAAAAUAUGAUGCUCCAUGUAUCUCAAAAAAUUAGCAGGAGCUUGUUGAAUUAAAGCCAUAUGUCAAAUUUUCAUCACUUGUGCAACUGACAAUUAACUGUGUGAAUCAGCAGCAGUUACAUUAAGGCAGUCAGGGCCCCAAAACCUCAUAUACAGGGAAAAAAAUGUGGUUUUUGUUUAGAUAAGUGCAAGUGAACUUUUAAAGAAGGCAGCAAUGACGAUCAAACCACUUCUCUGGGAUUACAGUUGCAGGUUUUUUUUUUACUCAUUUGACAGAACCGACUUCCAAAAACAGAUUGUUUUUUUUUAGGAGAUUCAUACCCCCUAACCUGACUGAAACACCACAGCAAAACAAAACAAGAGCAUCCAGAAAUAGUCUUACUUUCUGUCAGCUUUGGAGUACUUGAGUCCAGGACUUGUGUAGCUGCUGCAUUACUGGCAGUGAAUGGGGAUCUGGAUAAAUGUAUAAAGGGAUCAGGAAUAGAGGACUCUGACUCAGUUUCAACUCAGAUUGGACUCCAAGUACAGUCUGCAUUGCAUUAGGGUUCGGGAGAUGGAUAGGAAGACAUGUUAUAUAAAUAAAUAUAAGGCCCUUAUAAUUUGUUCAAGUUAGCUGGCUUGUGUGCUCGCUCAUGUGCUAUCUUGUCCAGCUUCUGUUACUGCCAGGAUAAGAAAACUCUAUGAAUCUAAAGUAACAUGUAGCAGAGAAACAUGCUGGAAAUGUAAAAGAACUACUAACUACUACUCAGUCAAUAACAAAGAUCUGUCCAGGUGGCGAAUUUUUUUGUUGUUGGAUGGUAGGGGAAGCUCCCGCCCUCCUUCGCCUCUGAUUGGCUAGAAGUUCUGGGCUCUGAUUGGUUGUUGUCUGUCGGGUUAGGAUUAGGGUUAGGAGAUUCAGAAGAGUGAUAAUUUUCUGUAAUGUUCUGUUCGAUGUACAGGCUGACAACCCUCAUUUGGCUUGAGUGUGUGAUGACGAUUCCAGCUUUUCUAGCCAAUCAAAGGUGAAGGAGGCGGAACUUUCCCCUACCGUCCUACAAAAAAAAAAAAAAAUCACGUCUAGGUGCAACUAGAAAAGAAAGUGAGGCAGAAGAACUACCGCGUCUGCAGUGCAAAAUGAUUAUUAUGAUGAUUAUUACUUCAUGAAAAUGAUCUGCUGCACUCAGUGAUCGACUCGUCAGGGCUCCCCCAACAAACAAGCAGCUGCCGGAGGAGAGUGGGUGAGUUGUGUUUGGUCUCUUUGCUAAAGAAAUCAGGCAAAGUUAAAGAUAUAUUUGAUGGCUAGUACUAUGGCUGGGACUCUAAAUGUUCUGUUGAUGAAGUUAGGUGCUGUUCUGAGCAUUAUUUGUGGAUAUAGAGUGGCUUUUUGGUUGAGGUUUGCACGUAGAGACAUAGACCGCUGUGUAUUGCUAUCGUGCGGUCGUUACUAAAGUUGGUAUAACUAGAGAGGCGAGCAGUCGGCAACAUUCAUCUCUUGGGGGGGGGGGGUGUCCAACUCGGUGUUAUGGUGUGUUGGACCAUAAUAUAGAUUUAUGCUUGAAAUAUCCCUUUAAUGCACGAAAUACAGCUCUGCAAGUUCAUUGAUAAUCAAAUAUCUAAAUACGCAGAUUCAGAAUCAGUCUGAACCUAGAGUUACUUAAUGAAAUAUGUUUGUUGCACUUUUAAAAAGUCCAACACAGCCAGUCCAACUCAUAAUAAGAAUAAUGAGGACAAAUCUGAAUCCGGGCAUAUGCCUUCUUGAGAAGUGUGAGCACACAGGUUGCACUUGAUAAUCACAAUUUGCCUGCUUACUUGCGUGCCAUGAAUGAUUCACCUGUACUGCCUAAGUUGACAUUUCAUCACAACAUCGCUUCCAUUGUGCAACGUUCCCCCGUCCUACGGCAGCCAACCAGCUUAAGCAUCCAGCAGACGGGUUGCUGCUGUGAGAAUUCAAACGCGGCCAAACUCCUUAAACUCCUUAAUCUUGAGUACAAAGUGUUCUGCAACAGUGCUUUAAAAUUUAAUCAAAAUGAGAUUUUAAUGAACGGCUUUGAUAAAAUCAGUAAAAAGUUUUCUAAAUCUGCGCACAGUGUUUAUUCUUUGGCAGCUCACAAAGCUGAUGCUCAUGUCUGGUAUCAUCAGAGCUGCUUUUUCUGGACGUUUGUUUCCAAGGUAAUCAUAAACUGUUCAUAGACUCAGGCGGCAGGUAAUCUCUUCUUAUUAAGCUCUUAUUUAAGGAUCAAAUCAGCCGAUUCAAUCCCUGUUUUUGAACUUCUCCAGUCAUAAAAAGAUGGUUUCAUUAUACGUCUUGUAAGUUAAGUGAUUAACUUGAACUUGUUUUUUCUUGCUUUGAUUAUUUAAGCAUGUCUGGGUGUGUAGGUAUGUGUGUGAUGGAGAGCAGUGUAGAUGUACAGCAUGUUUCUGUCUCCAUUUAUGUUUGUUUCCCUUUUUUUCAUGUGUGUCUGCCAGCCUUUGCGCUCAUAUAUUAUUCAGCAGCCACACAAAGCUUUUGCAGCUCUAAUUAUUUACCAUAUGGCUUUUCUAAAUGCAUCAGCAUAGUUGAAGAAUGGUCACAGGCUUUGAACAGUCAUUGGAUUAUAAUUGCAUUGCAAGACCACCAGGCAAUACUGGCAGGCUUUGUAUUUGUCAUUCAGUGUUUUGCAAUGUGUCCAGCACUGCACUGCCAAUAGGCUGAAGUCCUAAUAGCCUGUAGGUGUUUGUUUUCCUCAUACACUGUGAACUAUAGCUCCAAUGAUGGCACUAAAAAGCACACUAAAUCCUAAUUUGUAUCUUGAGUAGCAUUGCAAAAUAUGUUUUUUAACCUUCCAUGGGCUAUUUACAAGGUAUACAGGAAUAAAGCUGAGUGAAAUGUGCAUUCAGCUAGAGAUAGAGGUUUUACAGGGAUGAGCGAAUAAUUCUUAAUCAACCUCAAAUUUUUAAAGAAUAUGAGUAUUUGUCUGGCAAAUUUGGCAUUAAAUGUUUAACAUGACGUGAAUAAUAAGCAUUGUUUAUCAAAUUUAAUGUAUGUCAUUAACUGUGAUGUUUCGUGUCAGCAGGGGUGGCACUGACUUUUUUGGGGUCCUGGGCAAACUCUCUCAAGGGCCCCGUCAAUCUAGCAUUUUUGACCAGUUUGUCCUAUUUUACCUUUAUUUAACCAGGUAAAAUCCCAUUGAGAUCAUGAUCUUAUUAACAAGGGCGACCUGGCCAAGAGCUCAGCAGCAGCAAAUGUCAUAAUAAAUGCAAUAAAUAUAAGGGAACAAACAACAAAUUCACAGUUAAAGUGCAACAAACAUUUUGGGACAAUCAUAGGAUUCUCGUUGCUUAGUGAAUACAAUGGAACGAAAGUCUUUAAAUGAAACUAAUAAUGUGUUGUUUGCGAAUGAUUUGUUCAAAAGAACCAAAUCUUUUAAGUGAAUGUACUGAACCGAAUCACUUCCUUCAGUUGAGCUGAAGUGAGAAACAGCAUUGCCAGGCCAGCAGCCGGCGAACGAGGGACCACAUGCACCGACACCUGAAUCACUUUGUGAACGAAUCACGCGUUUAACUACACUCUCUGGAAUCAUUUUUGCUAGACAAAACUACCUUUUUUUAUUUUUAUUUUUUAAUUGCUAAAUUGCCACCACAACAACUUGCAUACAAUAGGACACAGCAUGUUACAAGUAGUGCAUUAAACCCGCAGCAUUCUAUCAGUGCAGCGGUUUGCGAGGGAACGGUGAAUGUUCAGUUUGAAUUCUUCUAAACGUUCAGUGAACGAAUCACUCACUGACCUAAUUUACUGAGCAGACCUGAUAAAUAGCAUACUAUAGGACAGCACACUUAAAACAUCAUGACUUAUAAACAAGUUCAUUUUUACAAACCUGUUUGCCAAAGCAACACAGCCAAACACUCUCGUCUCCCGGUCCUAGAAGCUUUGAUCUGAACUGAAUCCUGAACUGUUCAGCUGUGUAUCAUAUCAGGAGGUCGGAGUCGCAGGCUUCUCCCACCAAGAGCUACAUGAUUCUUUGAUUCAGUGAAUGAAUCUUUUGAACUAAUCUUUUUAGUGAACUGAUUCUAGUGACUCAAUACAUCUAAAAGAACUGCCGUGCCCAUCACUAAAUGAAACCAGUUCUGGCAUUUUCAGCUCUGUUUGUAUCGUGUUCCAGGCUGUGGGGGCAGAAUAACAAAAAGCCAGUUUCCCCAAUUCAGUUCGGACUCUGGGCACAUUUAAAUGAUAAGUUGCACAGGACCGUAAGGCAUAGGCACUUCUUGAUUUCUGCAGAGGGGCGCAGAGGGAGGAAGGGACCAGUCCAAGGAGAGACUUAUAAAUCAACAACAUCCAGUGGGUGUACCCCCUGGAGCUCAAGGAGGGCCACUCAACUUUUAUAAAAAUAAAAAGUUUAAAGGUUUAUGCUUUGAUGUCAUCAACUGAAAUAGAAUUUUUAAAAAAGGUCCAGUUUUAAGACAAGUAAAAAUUUUGUCAUCUAGAUUCAAAAACUUUGUACAAACAAUAAAAAAGAAAUACAUCCAUCCUAAAAGUCUCUAUUUAGAGUUCGGUUUUGAAGAGUUGGUUGGCUGGAGGAGCUUUUCUCUCCAGAGGCAACACUGAUUGAAAAAGUAAAUAGUUGCAGCAGAGCAAUGUUGACUUUUCCACACAGAUCUGGAGGCUAUUCUUUGGAACAAGUCAAAUAAAUCCAUGAACAGCAUCCCCACGCCUCUUGAAAUAUCUUUAUCUGUCAUUUAUCUGAAUCUGUCAUGUGGAGCUUUUCUGCACUUUCUUCAUGUUGACUUUAAGUUUCUGAGAAUUAUUUUUGGAGAACAGAAAACGCCAAGGUCAUAAAUAUCCAGUUUUGAGAAUCUGUUGUUCAAGAUGUUGAUUAAAGAAAAAAUAGCAGGCAGAGAAAAAAAAAAGAAACACACAGCUGAAUUGCUCCUCUCGUCAGCUGGGUUGUCAGCUGUCUUUUUUCAAGGAAAGGUUCUGUCAUUUCUCAAAUCUCCAGGUUCUCUGCUAUCUCUUUAGCAUCAGUUUGAGAGGCAGCAAAUCCACUCUCCUUGAAACAGGCCAGAUUAAAGACGACGCAGUUGUCCCUCUUUCAAGUGUUUGAAGAGACCCACCGAGGCAUCUGCAGAUUCUUGCUGACGCGGUUGAUCUGAUACAAUACGCUGUAGCUGAUUGCACCGCACAAGUUUUACGUCAUUACCUCACCUUCAGUGCUGGUUUCACUGUUGACAUUACCAUUAAUUCCUUCCUGUGCUCAGGGUUUUACCACGGAGCACUUUAGCACUCCUUAAACGUCCGUUAAGUGUUGAUGGUUGAUGACGCCACGCAGUUAAGUUAUGUGUGCUUGCAACAUUAAGAGGGAUCUGAAUUCUUGUAAAAUCAUCGCGUUCCAGCGUGGACCAAAUGUACCAGGGUGCACAUGAAUGAGUGAUAGCCUUAGCUUUGUUCUGCUGUGUUUCAUCAGCUUUAAUGAAAAGGAUGAAAAUCCAAUCCAACUUUAAGCACUGAACGAAAAUACCAAAUUUUCUCUUUGUACUGUAUUGCUUUUGAAAAAAUAAAAAAAGACUUGGCCUUGAUAUCCAUGCUGACAUUGCCUGUCAUUGUCACUGGUCACUGGCUGCAGAACAUAACAAGCCUGGUGCUCCAUCUUGUUGCUCCCAGUAUCAAAGGGCUGACUAUGCUGAGCUGAAAUCUCUGAGUUUGACUUGUCUGACUUCUCGAAUGGGUAGAAGCUUGUGGUGAUCUUGUCUUGUGUAUUUUGAGUUAUCUCUGUGGCUAAGAUAGGUGUCAGGCCAUGUAGCCUGGGUUGGAGAGCUGACACCUAUCUUUCCUUUCAAAAGGUCUUUAAUCUCAUGAGUACAAUGGAGUAUUAGGGUCACAUUAAGAAAACAAAUAAAUACAUAAGACUUUGAGAUUAAAGUCGUUAUUUUAUGAGACUAAAGUCAUUACUAACAAGAAUGAAGUCGUAAUAAAGUAAUUACUUAUUAGAAUAAAGUCGUAGUAAAAUCAUGAUGAUAUCUAUAAUAAUGUGGUGCUGAUGUGCCAAAAGAUUAAGUAUCCCUUUGUUUGAGAAACCUUUAUUGAAGUAAAUUUUCAUGAAAUGCUCGAUGGCAACAGACUAGAAUGUAGGACUUUAUUCUGACUUUAUUCUUGUAUGUAAUGAUUUUAUUACGACUUUUUUCUCGUAAGUAAUUUCUUUAUUGUGACUCUAUUCUCGUUAGUAGUGAUUUUAUUAGACUUUAUUCUUGUUAUUAAUGGUUUUAUCACAACUUCAUUCUCGUAAUUACUUACAACUUUAUUCUCGUUAGUAAUGAUUUUAUCACAACUUUAUUCUCAUAUGUAAUUUUUUAAUCACAACUUUUUUUCCAUAAGUAAUUUGAAAGUUUUCCAGUUAUUAAUGACUUUAUUCUCGUAAGUUAACGACUUUAAUCUCUAAGUCUUUUUUUUUUUUUUUUCUCAGUGUGGCCCUUACUCCGUUGUACAUGACAGAACGAUUUCUGACAAAAUUUCUGAAAUAUUCAGGUAGUUUUAAGAUUUGGACCAAGUUUUUAAGUGCAAAAGAAAGUAGACGCUGUAAAUACCCUGUCAUUGUCGUAAGUCUUUAUAUUGUCAUUUUAAACUAAAAUGAAUCUCAGUUUAUCAUCUGUUUUAUGCUUCAUUCUAUGCUCAAUGAAUUUCCCUUUGAGGAUAAAUAAAAUUCUUGUAUUGUAUGGAAACAUGUUGUUUAUGUGACACACUGUAGUUAUUGGUGGCAGAUUUGGAUUACUGUCGAUUUUACAUUGUUUCCUAAGCUGUAGAUCUGUCAACAUCAGUGAAGACAUCAGUAACUGUUUGAUGUUUUCAUAAAUCACUCGCAGGAUCUGACACUUUGACAGAACGCUGAGGCUUGAGGUGAAGAAAUCCCUGUUUAUGAUGCAUGUAUGGCUGCAUGUAAAGCUUCCCAUGUUUGAUUUGUAGCAACAUAUGCUCCAAGUCGCUGCUUUAGCCUGGUUAUAUAUCUAUGUGCACAUUAUUGAUGCAAUAUGUGGCUCCGGGCGCUUCGACUGUGUGGGUUUUGCUCCUUCCUCUUUCUCUGCAAAGGAGAAGCCCUAAGGCCAGAGCUAAACCAGGUCCAAGGACAUGAUGGUGUGAGAAGCCAUAGAAAUCUCUAUAAGCGAGUAAUACUCACAGCUAUGCUCUGUUUGGGCUUUGGAUUAAUUGACAAAAUUCUUGUAUGAAGCAGCCUAGUGGCCAUCAGGCUGCGGAAAGCUACAGGAAUUACACGGCUUUAUAAUGUAGUCUCCUACUUCUGGUCAAGAGGCUAGAUUGAAAGCUAUGUUUGUGUGAAAAGUCCAGAUAAACAUCCUAUUUCUCGGAUGAUAAAAAGUGUCCAUGUGCAAUCACGGAAAAUACCUUUCAAAGCAGCGAACACAAUACACUGAAAUUCUUGAAUCAAGACAUCAUGUUAAUUCCAAGACAGUUAAUAGCUUAUGGCCUCAGCAUAUAUAUUAAUUCAUUAUCAGCUAUUCUUGGAUUAAUGUAUUUAUCCGGACUUGUCAUAUGAAUGUUACUUAUAAUAAAAUACCUUACAAAUAGACUUGCUGAGAUUGAAGGUUUUGCAGUAUAAGAAUAAGGGGAAUGUCAUGCUAUAUGGUUUGCAGGUAGAAAGUAAAAAAUGAGUGCCAGUGAAAAUGUGCAGAGAACAGGAUGUCUACACAAUCCUUCGAGAGUAUCACUAAGUAAGUGCAUUAUGGGAGUAGUGAUGAAAGGAUAGAGGAGGUGAUACAUCACACAAUGCCCCAGAGCUUGUAAGUGAAAAUCCCAGAGAUGUUCGAGCCUCAGUUGACCGGAUAGUGCACAAAACUACUGCAUGUACAACUGCAGUUGUCACUGUGAUUGAUUGUGGUUUCAUCUGUCUCUCUUAGAGGUCAAGAUGUCUGACAUGGACGAAAACUAUGACCAUACUCUGCUGCUACUUUUAAGUGUUGUAGAGAUGUUUUUUUUUACUUUAAUUUAACUUCAAAAUAGUUACAAACCAAUACAUUUUGCUGAUCAUUGCUGUAUAAAAGCAGUUCAAAACAAACCUUUACCUGUGGCUAGAUAUGUAACGGUAUGAAAAUUCAACCUCACGGUUCUUGUGACCAAAAUAAUCAUGGUUUUUGGUAUGAUCGCAGUACUUUUAAAAAUGUAUUCAAAGGCAUUUUUGAUUUUUUUUUAGUAGCACUAAACAAUGAUUUCAUCGUUUCAUCAUAUCCAGACAGGAUUACUAUCUCCAACUAAGCGUUCCCUCGACAUUCCUAUAAAACCCAAAAUAUGCCCAUUCUUCUGACUCGGUCCUCUUAGAGGGCUGAUGGGUGUCUUUGGCGCUGUCAUCUCCUCCUUCCGCCGUGAUUCCAUCUCAAACUUAAUAGAAAGUUUAAACGCUAAUUGUAGGCUACACAGUGCGCCUGCGCGGCUACCUUAAAAAUGAGUUUUUUUCUUACGUGACUCUACCUCGGACUCAUAUGUAUCAGUAUACAUACGUGCGAGUAUUAGCAUUAGCGAGUUAUCAUCGGUGAUCAUACAGUUGAUUAAUUAGCAAGUCAUUGCCCAUCGAUCGCACAGCUGAUUGAUAAGGGAGUUAUCAUUGGCGAUUUCACAGCUGAUUCAGAUCCGCCAAUCAGCUGGUUGCAAGAGUUCAAAGACAACUUGUUAUCGCGCGAUUGGCGUACGGUGAAAAUCGCCGCCGUUCCGGAUGGGAGCUGUUCCGGAUGUGGUGGAAAUCCCGGGUAACACAUGUAAUGGCAUGACUCCUCACCUCCUAUUUCUCUGUACUAUAGGUGCAGUUGUACAUUCUAUUAAAACGCCAAAAAACACAUUAUUUUUAAAUGAGAUCAGUGAAUGAUGCAAAAAUCCAAAAACUACAAAAGUGCAGAAUAAAAUCGACAGCAGAGACAGUUCUAUUUAACCUGAGGUGUCACACAACAGCCGAUGCGUCAGCAGGAGGGACGUACAGUAGGACAUCUCGCUCACCUGCAGAGCAUGUGACAGGUGCAGGGAAAGAGAGCAAAGAGAGAUUGUCUAGUUCAUUGCCUUCAUUCCUGGGUGGGAAUCUUCCACAGAUUACAAAUACGUAAAAAAAGAAAAAACUGGUCAAACCAAGUGAUAUGAAUUUGUUAAUCUUCAUUUGGAGCCUGAAGUCUGGUUUGUAGCUUUGUGAGCAUGUUAGAAUGACCUACACAAAUGCAUCAGUGGGUUUAUUCUGACUCACAGUAUGUAGAGACUGCAAUUUUUUAUCAAUCGGUAUUUAUGGCCUCCAGUUUGCAUCAUAUCAUAACUUGCAAAAUUAGCAUUGGGAUCCAGUUCUAUCAUUCUGACCAUUCAAUUAUUCGAAGAAUGUUUUUUUUUUUGGCAAUGAAUCAGCUGAGAGGAAAAAUCAAUAACCCCUCUUGUUUUACGGCAGAACUUCUAUCCGCUGAGUCCAAAACAUGAGAAAGCUCGCUGCCUCACUGAUGAAUCGACAAAGUUCACUUCUUUUAUUGUAAGAAAUUCACAUAUAAGUUCUCUUCUCUACAAAAGGUCAGUUUAAAGAAAGACGCUCUAUUGCUUUCGAUAUCAAGAAAUCCAAUCAUCAACUCUGCUCGGCUGAGUUUGGCUUCCACUGUUAAAGCCAGGAUGUGUUUCAGUCUGAUUUUACAUCUGGUUAAUGGAGAUGUAUAGGAAUAACUGGGUGUAAAUGAGAGUUAAAAUUACAGUAGUGCACAUUUAAUUGAGCUGAACUGUGAGUCUGUGGAGAGGACACCAGCUGUAGUGUAAAAAAGAAAGCAGUUCUGCACAGCUGAACCACACUUCAUGGUACAAUACUUCACACUUCCACAAUUAACACUUUACGUUUCAAUACUAUUUUUAUUCAGUACCACCCACACAAGUGACCCCUUGAUUGUGAGUUAGCUCCAUCUCAAUCCAAGUAUUACAUCUAUUUAAUAACAGCAGACAGUCCUUUUCACUCCAGAUAAAUACAAAUCCGGCUCAAGUGGCCCUAACUGAAAGCGGACCUCAGCGCAUGCAGCAGUCCCCUUUCACUCUUUGUCGCCUUGCUUUUAUUAUCAGAGGUCCUCUCGCAGCAGGGAUGUGCUGGACCAGAAGAAAACUCUGUUUAUGCAAGCAUGUGUGCAGGUGGAUUUGUGUGCGCGUCUUCCUCUGUGGGGUUAGAGCCAUACAAGUGUUGAAAUGAGCCACAGCAGCAACCACGACCGACUGGAGGCUAUUUUAAUGAAUAGCGCCAUUCAGGGCAAGACAUGAAGGAAACAAAUUUGCUGAGAACACUUCCUUCUUUGAAGGGGCCCAGCUGGUUGCUGACUGGUUGCUUGCCGGCUGGCAGGCUGACUGGUGUAUGUAUGUGUGUGUGUGUGUGUGUGUCAGAGUGGGUACAGCAGGUGAUAAGCCCUGCUCCUCUUUAUUGCCCAUCAGAGUGCCAGGCUUGAAAAACAACUUCCCCAUUGUUGCUCAUAAAUCAAAACCACUAAAUGCUGUUUCCGACUCAAUUCCUAUUUUCCGACUGCGGGGCCGUAGCCAUAACUUUGGUGUAAUGAUCUUUCAAUUACAGGCCACUCAGACAGAGAGCGAAGAAGACCGAUAUAAACAGCGGUCCCGCCAUCUAUCAUAUUUCUCCUGGCGGCCUUUUGGGAAUUGCUACAUCUGCCUUUGUCACCUAGUUUGUGCGUGCUUGCAUGGAUGCAUUUCUCACACAUCUACCUGUGUUGACAUGGACGCCCGUGUGCACACUGGAGCGAACAACAUUUACAAAUCCUUCUCGAGAGAUAAAUUGUUAUCACACCAGAAAACUGCUUUUUGUCCCUGACUGUGUCUUCCCUCUUUCUCCCUCUCCCGCCAUCCCUCACACUCAAGUGCUCUCUCUAUUUCCCACUUUAUCUCGGUGUCACUCUCCCAGACUCACUCUCUCCCCCCUCUCUCUAUUCCAACCCCCCUCAUCUCCUUCUCUCUUUCUCUCUCCCUUGCUGAACUGCCUGUACCCUUCUCACUCUUUGAUAAGACAGGACAGCCCAACAAGCUGAGCAGAGCGAUGUCCCUCUACCUCAUCUACUCAGAAUUAUCAACCAGUCAUUCAGAGCAAUGAGGAAUCUCUUCUGCUGUGACUGUGCAGAAGUGCACGGGCCAUCUGUUUUCUUGAGCAAAAUACAGUUAAUGCAGCAGGGCAGCCUUGUCUAAAGAGAAAUGGUUCAAUCACCCAGGGGUCACAAGUUCAGUCUGUGCAAGAGCCAAUAUGAGCCUGUCAGCAGUUGCAUGACCUGUCAACGUGCCCCAGAGCGAGAAACUCCAAUUUACUCCUUCUUUUAUGUCGCACAAAGACACAAUUAGGAGUUAUUACUUACAAGAUUUUCUUUUUCUUAUUACAUUUAUUUUAAAUUCUCUCAACCGGAGAAUAUAGGCAGCAAUAAAGAAACAGUGUAGGGUUAUAAAGGUCUUUUUUAAUUAUUUCUUUAUUCUGAUUGGUCAGAAUCCAUGGCAUUUGUGGUUUAUCCUGAAUAGCAAAAGCUGUGCUAAGGACAAGCUAAUCUCUCUCUCACACACACACACACACUUCAUAUCAAAUCAAUCCAUCUUAAAGGGAUAUACCAUUGUCAAUUUCAGUUAUGGUCAAACACACUGUAACACCGAGUUCAACACCCCCUCGAGAGAUGAAUGUUGCCGACCGCUUGCUUCUCUAGUGAUACUUUAGUAACUUAGAUAGAUACUUUAGAUACUUUAGAACUUUAGUAACGACCGCACAAUAGCAAUACACAGCGGUCUACGGAUCCACGCGCAAACUAGAAGAUGACAUUUUUCGGGAAUUCCCGUGGGUCACGUGAUUCCUGCGGGAAUCCCAUGGGAUGGUAGUGGGCAGGAGCGGGAACAACGUUAAUAGCUGAUCAUUUUCAGCCAAUCACAGGAUUAAUUAAAAAAUAACUCCCAUCCCGCGGGAUCCCCGCGGGAAUCACGUGACCCACUGGAAUUCCCAUAAAUGUCAUACUCUAGCGCAAACCUCAUGUCUGUCAAUUUUCAACCACAAAAUCAAACAGUUUUUAAAGUAUGAUAUAAAAAGUGUGUUUGGCGUAUUGAUGUGUUAAUCAUACUUGGAGGUUGAAAUGAGUUCUUUGAUGUUCAGACCUGAUUUCAACCACAUUUCAAUAUUAAAAUCCCGGUUAGUGCUCACCAGGGCAUUUGUUCUUCAUCUUUUAUUUCUGGCAGCCAGAUUUUGGUGCAAAUAGUUACAGAUCUAUCUCAGUAAAGGGUGUGAAGUGUUGGCUGGGGGAGUUUGGACUAGAAACAUGAGCUAAAGCUACAGAUCCCCCGUUUAGUAAUGUAGUCAUUUUCUCUUAUCUUCAGCUACAUUCCUACAUAAGGCGGGUUUCAAAGCCUUCUUGCAAAUAGCUACAGUGUGUCUGCCUGUCAGUCAAGUCAGCCGUGCCUCUGAUUGGUUGAUCUUGUAACCUUAGUAACUCCCUCCCUGUGCAGUGGAUUCUAUGGGAUUCCUGAGCUACCCCUUUUCUAACCAGGCUGUAAACGUGUUUAUUUUGCUUUAAAAACAGACUUUUUUGGCUUUGUUUGUUCAUGGAUCCUUGUGCUUCUGCAGUUCGCCUCAAGCAGACACUUGAAACUGUAAUUUCAGCUUCGAGAUUUACCACCUCUGCUGCUGCUGUUGUCUAGAUUGCAGGACAGAAUUUUUCUCCAUUUCUGCCAAACAGACAUGGUUGUACCCCAGCGGCUCCUCUGGCUGCUCUCACAUUAUCAUUAUUUCCUGACUCUGAGGAUCUGAUUCAGAAUGCUAUCUGAAAUGAUCAUUUUUGCCACAGUGUCAAUGAGCAGAAGUGAAAUAAGAUAGACAAGUUAAAGGGAUAUUCCGGCGUAAAUUUAAGUUAUGGUCAAACACACUGUCACACUGCCAACAAACAUCUUUGCCCAAUUUCUUUAGCAAAGAGACUAAACACAACUCACCCACUCUCUUCCAGCAGCCGCUUGCUUGUACGGAGACCUCUGGGCAUUGACUGUAGCGGGGUUUCACAGCUCAAGGAGGAACAUUUAUGAUCAUUACUUCAUGGAAAUGCAAUCAGACCGAGACGCUAAGGCAGAAGAACUACCGCGUCUGCAGUGCAAAAUGAUUAAUAUGAUGAUUAUUAGUUCAAGGAAAUAAUGAAGAAAUGAUCAUAAAUGUUCUUCCUUGAGCUGCGUCACCCCGCAGCAGUCGAUGGACUCGUCCAGAGGUCUCCAUACAAACAAGCGGGAUCCUAUAUGUACUGCUAUAGAGCGGCUUUUUGGAUGAGGUUUGCACGUGGAGACGUAGACCACUGUGUAUGUAGUUGGUAUAUCUAGAGAAGCAAACAGUCAGCAACAUUCAUCUCUUGAGGGGAUGUCAAACUCAGUGUUAUGUUGUGUUUGACCAUAACUUAAAUUUACGCCAGAAUAUUCCUUUAAGGUUAACAACAUCAAAGAUGUACAUAGAGAUGUACUGAAUUCCUUAUUUGAAUCUCCUUACAGUGCAGGUUAUUCAACUGAAACAAAAUAUCUUUAAAUUCUCAAACUAUUUUCACUUGAGGAACAGUUUUGAAUUAAAAUCACUGAUUUUCUCAAUGCAUGUUUGGCUUCUAUACAGUACACGGGUCCUGACACAGUCCCUGUUCUACCCCCCAGUAUGCGUCCUUGUCUACCUUCCAACUAAAAACAAAGACUUCAGGCUUUUUUGUGCCAGCAUCCUUGUAAGUUCUCAAGCUGAAAAUGGCUCUCAGUGCUGUCAAAAGUGCCUCCUGCUUUAACACAUCAGGCGGAGGAGGUGGAGGUGUGAACUACCUGGCAGAGGUUCCCAGACGAGCUUCACAGGGUCUCUGUGAACAACACUGGCAGCGAGGGACUGAAUAAUUCCAAAUUUUAAAUUCAGCCUGGAAUGAACGCCAGCCUCCACAGCGAGCCUGAACCAGAGCACGCUGUUACAUCAUACCGCUGUGCGUUUGUGCUUGUGUUUGUGCGGGCAGAUGUGAAAUGGAGUAGGUGUGUGUGUGUGUGUAGGUGUGUGUACGCAUAAAUCUGUAUGUUUGAAUAUGUUUUUAAAAAAAUCCAUCAUUUGAUGCAAAAGCUUUAUUGACUCUGUGCUGCAAACCAGGACACCCCUCUCUGUCUUCCCCUUUCAGCCGAACACACACAGUGGACUCAGUCACUAUCUUUUUUACUCACUCUGCCUUUUUUCUCUUCUCUCUGUCUUUCAGGGAUACCAUCUAAGCCAAGAGUUUGUCUUCCUGGAAAUCAAACACACACAAACACACUUCCAUACACGAGCACACACAAACCCAUAUAAAUAUAUCUACUCAAUAAAUAGAUGACAAACAUUUGCCAAGCACUCUUUUAUGCCGCCUCAGUGCAUUGUAUUUCUUUUUAAGUACUCCCUUGGAAAGUGAGUGUGUUUAGAGCAGAUGAACCAGCUCCUAUUGCCAACUUGACCUGGGAGCUCACAGCCUGUGGGCCCCGGGAUCUGGAACCAUUUCAAACAGGUAUCAAAUCUCUCUCCGUCUCCCUCAUUUCUUUCCCCUAAUAUUAAAAAAAAAGCUACACAUGAGGACACUGUCUGUGUCUGUCCUGCUUCCCUUCCUCCCUUCCUGAGUGGAUGGGGCGCGAUGGAACAGCUAAGCCAGCUAGGCUGCAGAGCCAGAAGAAGACCCACUGUACUUGAUUGUUUAUUUAUCUCUGUUAUGUGUGCAACAUGCAUGCAUUUCCACACCAGAGUGAUUUUGCAUGUGGGCUGAAGAUUAACACACUCCCCUUUAAAUGAUACUUAAAACACACUUAGAGCAGGGAAUGAGGGUGCUUCUUCCCUAACUGGAUCCAGGGUGACGAGCAGCAGUGACUCUCUUCACUUUCAGCGCUUCUUCUUUUUCCUUCCACUUCUCAUUUUUUACCCACAACAUCCAUUUGCGACAGCUUCUUUUUUUUGGAUCGUUGGUUUAAUUUCCCUCCACUGAUGGAAUACAAAGGAUGUGAAACAGUCUUCAGAGUGUUUUAUGUGUACUGCAGACACAGUGCCCAGCAUAAGUCAGUACACCCUCUAUUAAAAGUAAUGUACUACUCAAUACCUAGAUGAGCAAAAGUACAAUUUCCAAAGUUUUGACAGAGCUGAGUUUAAUAUUGAUGAUGAAAUUUGGGGUGAUAUGGUAACUAAAAUUUAGCUUUGCUCCCAGAACGGUGAAUAGGGUGAACUAAUUUUUGCAUCCUGAUUUUAAAUUGAAAAAAUAAUGUUUUGGAUGCAACUUAAAUAGAUAUUCCGGCAUAAAAUUGAUUUAGUUUCAAACACCGAGUUAGACACCCCCUCGAGAGAUGAAUGUUGCCGACUGCUUGCUUCUCUAGUUAUACCAACUUUAGUAAUGACCGCACGAUAGCAAUACACAGCGGUCUACGUCUCCACACACAAACCUCAACCAAAAAAAAAAACACUCUAUAGCCACAAAUAAUGCUCAUAUAGGGUCAUGUACAUAUAGGGUCUCAGCUACAGCACUAGCCAUCAAACAUCUUUUUAGCUUUGCCUGAUUUCUUUGGCAAAGAGACUAAUCACAACUCACCUACUCUCCUCCAGCAGCUGCUUGUUUGUAGUGAGACUGCAUGCUAGUCUAUUACAGACUACAGCGGGGUUUCGCAGCUCAAGGAAGAACAUUUAUGAUAAUUUCUUCAUGGAACUGCAAUCAGACUGAGACGCUACGGCAGAAGAACUACCGCAUCUACAGCGCAAAAUUAAUAAUAUGAUGAUUAUUAAUUCAAGGAAAUGGUAAAUGAAUCAUAGAUCAUAAAUGUUCUUCCUUGAGCUGCGUCACCCCGCUGUAGUCUGUAAUAGACUAGCCUGUGGUCUCACUACAAACAAGCGGCUGCUUGGAGAGAGUAGGUGAGUUGUGUUUAGUCUCUUUGCUAAAGGAACCAGGCAAAGCUAAAGAUGUUUGGUGGCUAGUUCUAUGGCUGGGACCCUAUAUGUACUGUUGAUGAAGUUAGGUGCUGUUCUGAGCAUUAUUUGUGGCUAUAGAGUGGCGUUUUGGUUGAGGUUUGUUUAUGGCUCCUCAGACCGCUGUGUAUUGCUAUCCUGCGGUCGUUACUAAAGUUGGUAUAACUAGAGAAGCAAGCGGUCGGCAACAUUCAUCUCUCGACGGGGUGUCUAACUUGGUGUUACGCUGUGUUUGAGCCAAAAUUAAUUUUAUGCGGAAUAUCCCUUUAAAAAAUCUUGUAUGUAAUCAAUGGCCUACAUUUGGGGGAGUAUUUCGUUGUAUACUCUGAAUUAGAAAAGUGUUGAUUUUGAAAGGAAACUGAAGGUUUUCUGACAACUCUGAAGGGGUGUCCUCAUUAAUGCUAAGCACUGUACAUCUGCCUUGUAUAAUGUUCAUUUUCACAUGCAGAUAUUGAUGGAGAAAUGUGGUUAAACAUGCACUCAUGCUAAUAAUUUACACGUAUAGUUUUCUGUGUUUUCCGCUCUUUAUAGUGUGCCCUGGAUUUUCAUAGCUUCACAGAAGAUAUGAAAUGCCAGCGCAUGAUUUAAUCAUAAGUUUGAGACGAGUUGUCAAAGCACAAAGUUUUGAUCUCUCUGGUAGCACAUUUUUGAAGAAAAACCCAGAAACACCUGCCUCCAGAAAUAGAAUAUGCAAUUUGUACCAGAUAUUAAACAUCAGCAGGAGGAAUUAGUUCAAGCUACAAAACGGAUGACACGUCUUUGCAACAAUGGCUGUAAACAAAGCGGAUAAAAAGUGUGGCAAACAUUCAUUUACAACGCUACACAUCCAACCCACUGUUCUUAUACUUGCUGGAAUCUCACACAGCUCUUCAGUCUUCAUGUAUCCUGGCAACAAAUCAUCCAUUUCCGAGGAAGACUUAAGCCUUUAUGUGCUAACACUGUUCUCAUUUCCCAGUUUAUUGUUGCUAUUUAUUGUCGUCUUUUAAUUGAUGUUAAAAGGACCCCCACACUAGCUUCCAAUUAAUUCUGGGAUUGACAGCUCAGGCGUCUGGUUUUCAUUAUGAAAGCAGCAAAAUAUAGAAACCGAAAGCUAUCAUCAUCAAUUACACCAAACGCCAAAAACACAUUCAUUAAUAAUCCACUUGUGUGGAUUUGCAUGGCAUUACACACCAUUUCCAAUUAAGCAGAUGGGGGUAACAUGUUUAAGCCAUGUGGUUUCUAUAUAUAAGCUGAUGUGUGUGUUUGCUCCCUCAUGACAUCCAUCAUCCACGAGGAUGCUCUCAUUAAAGCCGUCUCCUCUUAACGCAGGCACCUCUUCAAAUGAGAAAGGAGCACACUGCGGCACAGAAAAUGACACCACUACAGAAAAAAAAAACACACACACGACUUUUCCUUUUGUUGUUUCAUUGAUACUUAAUUUAGACGAACUUCCACUCAAAAUAACUAUAAAAGUGUAAAGUUUCAUGGCUUCCGGGUCUUCGAGUAUUGUGUUAUGUUUCAUUUUGUAAGGUAGCUCUUUAUCUGUUGUAUAUAUAUAUCUAUGUUUUUGUUAUCAGCACUUUAGAUUUUGAACAGACCAACUUAGAAAAGCUCAGUUCAACAACAAAAAAAGACAUAAGAGAUGAAUUAUGCAUGAUUAAAAAAAAAGUUGCAACAUGAACUUUUUAGAGAAUCAAAAUAUGCAAUGCAAUAAAAAAUGCAAUACAGUGUUUGUUCGGACUCCCAGGGUUUGGAUCCAAUGCCCAGAACCAUUUUUUUCCCUUUUUUUGAAGAUGCAAAACUUACAAGCACACGGGAACAACAACUCUGUCGCCAAACAAGAACAACAUCAUCGGACUAUUGUGCAAAACCUCGGAUGACAUCCAGUGCCAAGGAUUUUUAAAUUGACGUUUUGUACGAUAUCUGUGCAUGGAAACUAGGGGGGUUAGGGUAUUAAAAUGUAACAAGAAUGUUUUAUUUUGGAUCAAUUUUUAGACUUAAAUACCUGAUCAAUUGAAAUAAUGUUGGACCUUAGCUACUGACUGCAAAGGAUCCCUCCUGAGCCUGUUGUUGUUGCUGCAUGUUUUCCUCCAUGUGAACACCACAGGACUGGAAGAGCAGUCGUGUCACACUUUAUGAACUGUCUUUGUAUCCUCCCACUUCCUCUCUUUUCCUCCUCCUUCUUCUUCUGUCUUUGAGCCAAAGGAUAAAGAGACAGCCCCUGUUGCCCUGUAAGACUUAUAAAACUGUCGGCUCCACCCCGGAUGGAACACGAGAAGACCAAUGACCUCCCAAAACUCCGAGUGGAAUAGUCAAACAGAAAACUGUAGGUGUAUGGGUGCGUGCGCGUGGGAUUUUUGUGCGUGUGCGUGCGGGUUUUUAAAAAAAAAACUAGGACUGAGCUUGUUUGCUUUUACCAGCGACCCCGAUUGAUCCGCCCUCUGACCCCCCAGCCUAGCUGCUCAGCUCCACCGCUCCACCACCAGAACUGCACUUGCAUGACCUCAGCCCAUUUACGUGCUUGUUAGGGUUGUUGAAUGUAAAAGGUUGUGAACUCCAUAGAAUAUAGGAUUCUAUCACUAUGGUGACUGCGGCCGUGAACUGCCCUUUUCCGUCGUUUUGUCCCAUUUCACGGGCAUGGGCUUUUACUGAUGUCUCACUUAGCCGGUGUUAUGAUUUCAUUUUCAUUUGCCUAGACAUUAGAAGACAAUGAAUGCUCUACAUUGUUAUUUUAUGUGUAUAUUUUGUGAAUAUGAUCAAUUCUUUCUGUAGGUUUGCUCUUUGUAUCCCAACUGUUUGACCCUGCUUGAUGAUCAGCUGCACUAUGUUUUAUCAUUUGUACUCAAUUGAAUGACCUCUUUUCUAUUUUAGCAAUUUAGUCGCACUAGAUUCGCCCCUUUAUUAGUUUUUAUCGUCAUGAGGAUAUGGCUGUUAAGUGCAAAAAGAAAAUAAGACAACAAAAAUUGCAUAUUCAGGAAAUUGUGCCCUGUUAAUACAUGAACCCAUGCUCACUUCUCCCAGCAGGAUUGUAUAAACUAUGUUCAAUAAAGACAGAGUAUGUAUAUAUAUAUUAACGGA